AAAAAAAAAAAAAAAAAAACCCUAAUCCAUGUCCAUCAUCUCAUGUCUUCCACACCGUUGGAUUGGUUUUGAUCAACGGUGGUAAAUAGUUUGUCUUGUUCUUUUCUUCCACCGUUUUAGCAGAAGCAGCCAUGGAAGCCACUGAAGUUUAAUUUAAGCAUCAAAUUUUUUUGCCCCCACCCAAAAUAAAGCUUUUUUCCUUUUUCCUUUUUUUGAAAAAAAAAAUCCCAUUUCCUAAUUCCAAACUCAGAAGUUUGUUUUUCUCAACAAUUUUUGCUACUUAUUUUUGAGGUGGAAGAUUUUUGAAAAUAGGAGAGAAAAUAAAAACAUGUUGAGGAAUAGAUCUAGAGCUGUAACUGGAAAACAAGCAUUAAUGGCAGAUCAAACCUCUCAAUCUUCUUCUUCUUCUCCAUCUUCUUAUACAAAACCACUUAAAAAUUCCUUCUUUGGAUCUCCAAGAUUCAAAGCUUUUUCAUCAACAAAUGAUCACUCUGUUAUUAGCCCAACUUCUGUUCUUGAUUCCAAACCAUUUUUCUCUUUACAAAAUCCUUUCAAACCAAAUCCCAAUACUACCCCCAACAAAAAAGUUACAAUUUUCCCAGAAAACAAAGGCCCAAAGAAGCCCAUUGGGCUUGCUUUAAUUGAGGAUAAAAAUGAUUCCAAGCCCACUAAGAGUGUCAUCUUUAGUGCUAAACUUCGUGUUCAAAUCCCUCCGCCGGAAUCCACCAUGGACGGCGGCGGAGAGAUGGGUAAUGGGUUGUUGAUGACGGUGGAGGAGAUGGAAGUUUGUGAAGAGUAUACUUGUGUGAAAAGACAUGGGCCUAAUGCUAAAAUUACUCAUAUUUUUGAUAAUUUUGUGGUCAAAAGCUCUGUUGAUGAUUAUGGUUCUCCUCACAAUUUUUCAAUGGCGGAUGUGAGGAAGAAGAAGAUCAUGAAGAAGAACAACACUGACUUUCUUAGCUUUUGUUAUACUUGCAAGAAUGAUCUUCAGCUCACCAAUGACAUCUAUAUUUACAGAGGUGAGAAAGCUUUUUGCAGCCAGGAAUGUCGCAACCAAGAAAUGCUUUUGGAUGAAGAAGAGGAAGAAUAUUCAUCUUAGAUCAUCAUUUUCAACCUAUGCUUUCUUCUUCCAUUAUAUUUUCACUAAAUUCAUGGCAAAAUUUUACUCUUUUUUUUUUGGGUUUUGUUUUGUUUUUUUUUUUCCUCUCAUGCAAAUAGAGAUAAGAGAGAGGUGUUUGUAGAGAGAGAAAUUAUGGAUAAAAAUAUGUUCAAUAUGUUGACUAAUAUGAUUGCUUGUUUUGUCUUUUACUUAAAAACUUGGUUUUUUUUUUUGGAAAAAAUAAAAAUAUUUGAUAA